UGUCUCUCCUGUUUUCCAUUGUCUGUGGCCAGAGGUGGCGGGAGGCACAGCAUCUGAAAUAUGAACCUAUUCUGCUUCUCUCUGGUAAGACACACGCUUGCUUUAAUGAACCUUCUCUUUCCUGUCUUUUUUACUCUUUAUUUGGUGUCUCAAAAACUCUACAUGUCAGACAGGGUUGUGGAAGUUGAAAUUUCAGUUUACUUCCUGAAUUGAAUUAAUUGAAAUGGAAUUGACCACAACCCUGUUGCCAGGACAGGCUGUCUUGUCUCUGUGUUCCCUGUCCAGUCACCGGAGCCUCUGGCAGGUUGCUCAGUCAGGGGAAGGAUAGGUAGCACAGAGAUGUUAUUGCUGUUGACAGGGAUCCGACAUGGACUCUCUCAGAAGGGAGACAUAAAGGAGAUUGAGCUUUCAGUUGCACUAUGCUUUAGAAAGUUAUCGAGAGACAUUUGUGUAUUGUAGUUGUUUGUUACAUUGGGUUUUAGAGCUGACAGAUUAUUUUAAUAGGAGGAUUCAAUGUUCUGAAUUGAUUAAGCGGCAAAUGUUCAUUUAAUUGGUCCUAAAAGACAAUAUAUGUUUCUAUUCAAAUACAUACUCUUUAGAGGUUGACAGAGUCAAGCAAGACAGUAUGAUGCUUUUGAACUUAAAAUGUCAUUUGUAAUGUAACUUGAACUUUGAAGAAAAGUUUAAAAUAAUAUUAUUUGAAUACUGUUGGGAUAGGGGGGUUAUGAAAGUGGUUAGGACACAGUUAGACAGUCCAUUUGCCCUAUACACAUCCUAGAUGAGACUCCCCAAACUGGUUAGCAACCUGUAACAAUAGCCCACAUUUAAGAAAAAAAGCAUUAUAUUUUUUAUAGAAUCGACAGAUGUAAAAUGUAAAAUACCUUGAAGAAUGAGAAACAAUAGAUGUUUUUGGCAUAAAUGUUUUUAGCCUAUUUGGGAUUACUGGGUGAAUGUGGUCGACAUGGCGCUCCUUAGAACAGAUCACGGAUCACCAGGUUAUGUAGCGGGGAACAUGUCCUAUUCAUGGAUUAGGCCAAAGUAAUCACCCCAGAUUCAACAUUUAAUCCCCUAUGCUCACUGUGUAAAGUGUCAAUGCAGCUACUUCAUUUGUUGUUGGCAUGUUACGUACACUACACACUUCAGGACUUGACUUUAACAGCAGGUCUGACUGUAACACAAGGUAGGAUUUAAGACACCGGUAACUGGGUUGGUUUAGCACAGCAUAGGGAUUUAAAACAGAUUAGGGGUUUCUGAGACUAACCAACCCCAAAUAUGAAUACAAAAGUUGUAGUACUAGAAAGGCUAUGCUCGGUCAGGGCUGUAUUGAGUGAUAGGAAUGAUAGGAAUGGCAUGACCUUUCUAGUAUUACAAUGUUUGUCUAAUGUGGAGCACAUGUUGACUCAUCUAUCCGAUCUGACCUCAACAAUCCCUGACCCACAAUAAAGAUCACAGGGUCAAUAAGCAGUGCUCAAGCCCACUCAAGGGUCAAAGGUCAGAAGGACAGUGUCUUACUGUGUGUCAUACUGUGUCCCUCCCCAUCACAAAAGGUCUAUGUGGUCACAUGGCCAUGGCUUUGAACUGGAAACUAGGGCGCAUCGUUCCUUUAAUUAAAGAGUUAUUGAUAAUCAGAUUUAUUUUAUCAAGUCUCCUAACCUGACCUGGCUAGCCGCAUCCCCCCUGAUUUACAUUACAUUUACAUUUACGUCAUUUAGCAGACGCCCUUAUCCAGAGCGACUUAAACAUUUUCAUUUGUUUUAUAUAUAUAUAUAUAUAUAUAUAUAUAUAUAUAUAUAUAUAUAUAUAUAUAUAUAUAUAUAUAUAUAUAUAUACUGUAUAUAUAUAUAUAUACUGUAUAUAUAUAUAUAUAUAUUGUUAUACAGUGGGGAAAAAAAGUAUUUAGUCAGCCACCAAUUGUGCAAGUUCUCCCACUUAAAAAGAUGAGAGAGGCCUGUCAUUUUCAUCAUAUGUACACGUCAACUAUGACAGACAAAUUGAGAAAAAAAAAUCCAGAAAAUCACAUUGUAGGAUUUUUAAUGAAUUUAUUUGCAAAUUAUGGUGGAAAAUAAGUAUUUGGUCACCUACAAACAAGCAAGAUUUUUGGCUCUCACAGACCUGUAACUUCUUCUUUAAGAGGCUCCUCUGUCCUCCACUCGUUACCUGUAUUAAUGGCACCUGUUUGAACUUGUUAUCAGUAUAAAAGACACCUGUCCACAACCUCAAACAGUCACACUCCAAACUCCACUAUGGUCAAGACCAAAGAGCUGUCAAAGGACACCAGAAACAAAAUUGUAGACCUGCACCAGGCUGGGAAGACUGAAUCUGCAAUAGGUAAGCAGCUUGGUUUGAAGAAAUCAACUGUGGGAGCAAUUAUUAGGAAAUGGAAGACAUACAAGACCACUGAUAAUCUCCCUCGAUCUGGGGCUCCACGCAAGAUCUCACCCCGUGGGGUCAAAAUGAUCACAAGAACGGUGAGCAAAAAUCCCAGAACCACACGGGGGGACCUAGUGAAUGACCUGCAGAGAGCUGGGACCAAAGUAACAAAGCCUAACAUCAGUAACACACUACUCCGCCAGGGACUCAAAUCCUGCAUUGCCAGACGUGUCCCCCUGCUUAAGCCAGUACAUGUCCAGACCCGUCUGAAGUUUGCUAGAGUGCAUUUGGAUGAUCCAGAAGAGGAUUGGGAGAAUGUCAUAUGGUCAGAUGAAACCAAAAUAGAACUUUUUGGUAAAAACUCAACUCGUCGUGUUUGGAGGACAAAGAAUGCUGAGUUGCAUCCAAAGAACACCAUACCUACUGUGAAGCAUGGGGGUGGAAACUUCAUGCUUUGGGGCUGUUUUUCUGCAAAGGGACCAGGACGACUGAUCCGUGUAAAGGAAAGAAUGAAUGGGGCCAUGUAUCGUGAGAUUUUGAGUGAAAACCUCCUUCCAUCAGCAAGGGCAUUGAAGAUUAAACGUGGCUGGGUCUUUUAGCAUGACAAUGAUCCCAAACACACCCCCCGGGCAACGAAGGAGUGGCUUCGUAAGAAGCAUUUCAAGGUCCUGGAGUGGCCUAGCCAGUCUCCAGAUCUCAACCCCAUAGAAAAUCUUUGGAGGGAGUUGAAAGUCCGUGUUGCCCAGCGACAGCCCCAAAACAUCACUGCUCUAGAGGAGAUCUGCAUGGAGGAAUGGGCCAAAAUACCAGCAACAGUGUGUGAAAACCUUCUGAAGACUUACAGAAAACGUUUGACCUGUGUCAUUGCCAACAAGGGGUAUAUAACAAAGUAUUGAGAAACUUUUGUUAUUGACCAAAUACUUAUUUUCCACCAUAAUUUGCAAAUAAAUUCAUAAAAAAUCCUACAAUGUGAUUUUCUGGAUUUUAUUUCCUCAUUUUGUCUGUCAUAUUUGACAUGUACCUAUGAUGAAAAUUACAGGCCUCUCUCAUCCUUUUAAGUGGGAGAACUUGCACAAUUGGUGGCUGACUAAAUACUUUUUUGCCCCACUGUAUAUAUAUAUUUUUUUCGUUUUUCUAUUUCUUCUUUUUCUUUAAUCUUAUUUAUUUAUUUAUAUAUAUAUAUAUAUAUAUAUAUAUAUAUAUAUAUAUAUAUAUAUUUUUUUUUUUUAUUCUAUACUUUUUUCUAUAUUUUUUAUUGUACUCCAUAUUACAUUUUUCAACUUAAUACUUCUUGUAUUCCCCAAAAAAGUUUAAUGUUUUAAUAUUUUUUACAUAAUACACUGUAAUUUAUGCUUUAAAAUGGCAAAAUGGUCACCCUGUCUCAUAGAAAAGUGUGUAGAAUUGUAGUAUAUAAUCUUUAAAACUGCAACAACAAAAAAUCUCUCUGCCAAAUUUUCUCUCCGAUGCCAAGAGGUGGGCCUUUAAAAUGUUACUUCCCAAGCCCCGAAACUUGGUUCGUCCGGCCAUGCACUGCUGAAGUCAUAGUAAAACUCCUUGUAUGCUAUUUUUCUUUCACUCGAGUUAUGUGGGGGUCCCUGAUGAAUUUGCUAUCACAAAAGGCGUCCCCGGCUCCCAAAAGUUUGAGAAUCCCUGCUGUAAACCACACUCAGUGUGUUUAUACUGUUCUGUGUCCUUCCUGUCCCUGAUCAUGUUGCUCUCUUUCCUCUGGUCUAGGAGGGCUCGACGGACAGCCUGUAUGAGCCUGCUCUCAACAAACACCCAGUCAUCCAGGAACACAGUAGUAGAGUUCCCAGUCGACACAACAGCCGACACAGCAGUCCUUCUCUGAGGGACAGGGCCAAGUGGAGAGGCUCAGAUCCAUGUAUACCCACAGUGAGUUCUACCAGAUAUUUGACAAACUAUCAAUACACUAACUACUGUACUCCCUAACCCUAACCCUAGCAAAUUGUUGCACAUCAACACCAUUGCAGUUGCUAGACUGAGCCUUUAUAGAUAAUCUAUAGGUGGCUAUCCAAAUAAAGCGGGAACUAAAGUAGACCUCAUACCUCAUAUCAGGCCAACAGCUUCCAACACACUGACGUUAGUCUCCAACAAUAACAAACCAGUCAGACACUGCUGGUGACCUGUGACUACAGUCUGCUGCUGAAACUUCAGGUCAUUGGAUGGGUGCCUGAAGACCAACUUUUCUGUGUAAGCCUAUAUCGAUCUCUAAGUUUCAUCAGGGUAUUUGGAGAUGGCCUACUUAUGCAAUACAUUAUGUGUGCCAGUUCAAUGCAAAGUGUUACAUUCCAUUUAUUUUCUUCCCAGGAGCUGUCCGAGGCUCACAAAUCCCAUUUGAAAAAGAAGAAGAGAAGGUAUGGAAGUUUGUAUUGUUUACGGCUGCCAGUCAAUACAUGCUUUGGUUAAAGUGAGAGUGAGGGGCUAGGUUAACCCUUGAAAUGGAUGCUAAGGCGUGCUGCUUAUACGUCCAGGAGAUAAUAAGUUAAUCAGGAGUUCUCAGCAGGUCCACCGUUAGCGUUCCUGUCCUUUCAUGGUGGCCUUCACUCUCUAAGCCCCCAGGGAGCUGUCUGUUUGUACCUUGGUCCAUUGCUCAAGUCCAUUAGAGGGCACCUAUUCCAUAAUUGUAAUUACGGAACAAGGGCAUAGUUCACAGCCUGCUUUGACUGAGGAUUUUAAAACAAUGACCCAAUGGAUGUUGAAGUCCAAGGGGGUUUCUAGGGAUGUUUAUUUGUAAUGUUAAUUCAAGCAAUUACACACUGAAAGCUGAUGUAUUUUUCUAUAUGUUUGACAAAUUACAAGCAGUCUACCUGAUCUCCUCCACUUAAUUCUACUGUAGUAAACAAUUAAAGAUGGAACUCUUUUCUUAAAGAUGUACUUCUCUCCAAAGAUCCACAAACAAAUUGCCAAGCCCAGUCCAUUUACUGACGUAGGUGGAACAUAAAACAUGUUUACAGUUGUAAACAUGGAGCCUAUAGCUAGCCUGUGGUUGUGUUUAACUAUGAUAUUAGAUCAAUGGUGUGUAUUAGGUGUUAUGGUGCAAUUUCAUGAGAGUUGGGUGGGAUUAGGAUUAGAUUAAUUGGGACAAGAGUUGGGAUUUAUAAUAUUCUUGCCCAUUUACAUUUAUUGCAUGUACUUACCUAUUGUAAGUCUAAAAUUUAAGAUAAAAAGAUUAUGCGAUUUAUAGCCACAUUUCACAGAAUGUUGUUGGAAAUACAGUACCUUGGAUUUGGAUACCCAGAAUUUCUAUUUAGGUUAGUGGUUUACAGAAUGAGAAAGACCCAUACUGUUCAAAACAUUGCUAUCGCAUGUAAGGAGAUGGGUCAAAAUGUAGAAUUGUACUGUGGAAAUUACUUGUUGGUUGUGAGUGAAGCAAACAGUUGUGUUAUGAUAAAUCUUAUCAAGCAGAUCAUUGUUGUUGCAAGAUUUAAUCCAGUUAGUAUUGUGUGUUUCAUGUGUUCACGUAGCAAGCCUAGCAUCAGACUUCUCCUGAGGUGUUAAUAACUAAUAUGCCAUCAUCAUAGACCGUUAGUGACAUUUAACUAAUAUGGUUAAACAUCAACAUUCUGACAUAAUGUCUGCACAUUGAGUGAAUGCUCUGCUAGAGACAACUUGUAGAGACAACAUUGACCAGAAUUUGUUUUCAAUGUAAUUUCAGAUCACAUGUACCAACAACGUCAACAUCGGACAAUGAAACCUUAGGUUAGUACAAAAAUCUAUUCAGUUUUUGUCCAUUUCAAAUUGCAAUACACUGAUACAUUUGACAUGCACAGACGUGUUUGGGUGAGAGUAAAGUCACAGGCUUCUCACUAACUUUGCUUUGGUCCUGCUCUCCCAUGUAUUUUGAGCUGUAUAGUGUGCAUACAAUGCUGCACUCAGUAUUAGUAACCUACUUGGCCCUGCAAACCUACUGGCUUCUGUAUUCCUUUUGACUUCACUUGGCUCCCUCUUAGCAUUGCUGCCACUAAUAUAGAGACCUUAAUGGCCUCUGUUUUUCUCCCCUAACCCCAUUGCAGAUAACACAGACACUAAUGUCUACUGGCAGUCACGCAGAGAGAAGCAAGAUUUUGUUCACAUCAAGAAUAAUCACAACGAAGGUAAACGUCCAGAAAAAUAUGUCAGCCAGAGAACAUAAACCCCAUGUUUCAUUUAGGGUAGUCUGCUUGCUAAGGCCCGAGAGAGACACCAUAUGUGUGAGACAGACUUGUAGGAUUUAGUUAAUGAUGACCGAUACAGACCGACCUACUGAUGCUCCCCAUGCUUUUCCAAAGUCAGUGAUGAAGGAAAAAACCUAUUGUAGCGUUUUAUGAUGAGGGAUUAUGUUGAAUGAGACAGCUGAAUGAAAGCAAACGGAGUGUCUGUUGUUGGCUGUAAAAAACGAUCUGAGGCUGGACAGAUGGCCCAGACAGUUUCCUUCGGAUUCUGGUUCAUGAGGCAUAGUUACAGUAGUUAACCCUACACCCGCAAAUCUACAACCAAACAAGUCAAAAUUGUGGUGUGUGUCACUUACAACAACCUACUGAGUACCAAAGAAAAGUGGUCUAACCUUGCAUUCUUUCCUGUGGUUCCUCAGAGAUGGGUCGAGGUCCUUGUAAUAGAAGCGUGCUGGCAGUAGAGGACAGAGUGGAGCAGCUGAACUCUGAGAGAAGAGAAAAAGACCCCACAACUCAGGUAAGACUAUAUCAUCAUCAUCCACUGUUGGACAAAAUACCAAUUGUAGGCUAGCACUAUACCACAAAUUGAUGUUGGUUAGAGGUAUUGGACUUCACUUUUCAAAUGACAAGGGCAACUAGAUAACCACUUUUCCCCUUAAAUGAGCAGCAUUAGCUUAGCUUAUCCAAACAGGUGAGCCCAAAUCACCUGACCUUGCUCAUUUCAUCACUAUGUAGGAUAUUGUGUACACAGGCAAUAAUCUCUAGGUAAAAGUCACAUUUUGAAUUUCCGACAGGUUUUUUCUCAAUUCUCCCCUCUAAUGCCCUCCCAAUCACAAAUACAUCUGUAAAAUGUAUGGCCCUUGUUUGUCACUUUCUUUUUGAGAUAUUAUCACUUCCUGAUUGGAAUGCUCAAUCAUCUUACUAAUGAAUUCCCCUGACACAUAACUUUUUGGUUGUAUAAACAUUUUGGGUCAUCUUGAAAUACAGAGAAAGUAAGCUACAGUCCCUCGAUAAUUAGCAACGUAGCCUACAUUAAGCCUCCUACAGUCGCAAAUAUUUAAGGACAUGGUGAUGGUUGUGGUGAAGUCCACCCUAGGCUCCUAUCCUCUUACCACAAAUGCGCUCUCUGUCUCCCGCCAAUUCGGGCGCAUUAAUUGUUUUAUUAAAUGUGAAUUAUCUGUUUAUCAAUUCCCGCGAUUGCUGGUACAUUUACCGUUGAUCCCCGCAAUUUCCCGAAUAAUCUAAAAACGAUAGUGUUUGGAUGACUUAUUUUCAUUCACGGAAUGUAUUAUCAGUAGGCCUGUCACAUUCAUUUACCAUUCUCAUUCUUGGAGCGGACACGUUUGCAGAGCUCAUAAACCACGCUACACUUGUAAGAAUGUUUUGGGGGAAUAUUUCAUUUCAUUUCAGUCCCGUGUAGCUCAGUUGGUAGAGCAUGGCGCUUGCAACGCCAGGGUUGUGGGUUCGAUUCCCACGGGUUGCCAGUAUGAAAAAUUUAUGCACUCACUAACUGUAAGUCGCUCUGGAUAAGAGCGUCUGCUAAAAUGUAAAUUUAAGACUUUUCUGUCAAAUUUUAUUUGGAGAGUGCCAUGUUUGUUUGCAUGUGUCUGGUUUCUCCAUCCCGCCAAAAUGUUGAGUGAUCUCACAUAUAAAUACACAUGCAUGUCACGUUUGGAAGUCGGUAGAUCUAUUGUGAGUUGAGAUACAAUUGGUAAAAGUUAACAAUUUAUACAGUGAUGAAAUGAUUAAGUCUGAUUUAGACGAAUUUACCAAUGUAAUGAAUGAUAUAUAAAUUGCAUUUUAUGUAGAGCCAUGUUGAACAUUAGGCCUAACCCUGGUUUUCACUAAAAGCAUUGAGGAUAUAUGUAACUCAUUAAACUUUAUUUCACUAUAAUCUCUUAUUGUUCUUUUGUUAAUGCAGGGGGUGAACUUCGAGGCCUGGAACCCAAACUAUGAGCCCCCUGAUAGCCACCAGCAGAACAUGGUGAGUGUUAUUGUCAGCAUGGGCAGCCUUCAAUUUAAUACAUUUUUAGUAUUUAUCUACAAGAUAUACACAAUAAAUAGUAUCUUGUUUCAUGCAGUGCUAAAUACUGACCGUAGGCUACAAUAGACGACACAGCAAUUGUAGAUUGGUGAGAAGAACAAUGCACUAUGGCAUUAGCACAAUGUCCUGUGGGACAAGCAGGCAGCAAUCACUUUAUCAGCACAGUAAUAAUGAUUAGUAAUGCAGUGCAGAUGGCAGAGCAUAGCCUUGGUAAUCCCUCACCCACAUGGCCCCUGAGCGGCACGAGGAUCGGUCUGUGUGUAUGUGUGUGUUAGUGUGUUUGUCUGGAUGUGGCAUGCAGAUCUUUGUGUGUGUCAGGACAUGUGUCUUUUUGUUUGUUUGUGAGACCAGAAGAGAUGAAACAAGCCCUCCCUGUGCUUCUUUCUCUAGGUAUAGUAUACCAACCAAACUGGCAAGGGGAAUGUGAGCACACAUGGGUUAUUACAUGUAGUGUCCGUUUAUAUGGUUCUUCUGUAUUUGGUCGUAUCUAUUUGAGAUUUUGGCACAGAAACCGUUGCUGGUGCUGACAUAUAUGUAUUUAUCGAGUGAAAUGUACCUUUGCAUUUUAUUGUGGUGAAACUUGAAAACGUCCCAGUCCACCCCUUCCCUCAUCCUUCAUCCCGCUAGUUGAAUUACAACUAACAGAUCAACCAACGUUCUCAGGUGACUGGGAAGGCACCAUGUGGUACAGUUAGACCUACUGCUCUGCUGGCCAGGAUUGUCAGGGUGGUAGGGGUGAGGAAGAGGUGUAGGCAGGCUGUGAACUGAGAGUAGGAGAGGUCAGGUGUGUGUCUGUGGCGGCGGCCAUGUCACAGACACUCCUCCACUUUCAUUUUCUUGCUGACUCUACAACCAGUGCAAAACUUAAGACAAAUAAAAAUAAGACAAAAACAUGGCAUGUGAAGUUUUCACUUGACACCUUGAGAGUACUAGGCAUUACAUAAUGCACACUGAUAUUAUGGACACUGAUAUUACGGACACUGAUAUUACGGACACUGAUAGCCUACCCAUAUUAUUCUACUGCAGACUGGGGAUGCGGAGGCUGACUUGGCUGAAUCUAAGGGAAAGCUGAAGAGGUUCCAGAGGCUAGUAAAAGUGAAGAAGGGAAGCCAGAUUGGACUAGAUGAUGGAAAGACUGACAGCAAUUGUGAGUUCUCAUGGAUGCACCUCGGCUCAAAAGGCAAAGACAGAGCUGCCUGCCUACUUGAUACAGAACAAAUAUUAUGAAUACAAAGCCCUAGGAAAAUAGGGCAACUCUUGCUAACAAUUGAAAGCUGAUGAUUGUAUUGUUCUUUAAAGAAUAAAUUACGUAUCGCCCUCAAGGCCUUAAUCAGAAUCUAUGAAUGAAUAGGACUAAAAAGCGCCUUAUUUCUCUUGUCCAGGUCACUUGGCAGACUCUGUGUUCAGUAACGACAGUCCCGUCAUCACCUGCAUCGGGCUGGGGAAGAAGACAGACAAGAAGUCCUCGAAGGCUGCCCCACCAUCGCCACUGAAGCAGCAGACUAAGGAGACCAAUGGGAAAGCUGUGGAAGGACCUUGGAGCACUGGGGUUCACGACCACCACUGGGGCCUCACAGAAGUCCCUCCACCCUGGGAUGUCCCCUACCACACCUGCCAUCGGCCCCCAGGCGAGCCCCGGAACUAUGGCUUUGACUUCACCCUGCCCCGAGCAACAGCUUGGGACCGCUUUGAGAGUCUGGUCCAGGAGCUGGACAGCAAACAGACGCCGCCAGUGUUCUCUCACCAACGGGUCAUCCGCUCGAUCACAGAUCUGGACAUCUCAGAAUCCACGGUAAGAUACGGUUCACUUAAAGGAGCUUACAUACAGGUCUGAUAGAGGUACUGUGGGAAGCUGUGGGACUGGUGUUUCCUGAGAAAUGAUUGCUUUGUAGGGCACACUUACCCCUACAGAAUACAUUUAUAUCAGUUUUUAUUAGGCAAUAUGAUUUCUAUACAAAAAAUUGCUGUUGAACACUACACAAGCAAAUUUCUAUUUGGUAUUCAUUUAACAAUGCUUUAGCUUAGUGAGGUAAUAGAACAGAAACUGCAAUAUACAGGCUUUGUGGUAAUUCACCCUUCCUGUGCUCACCAGUCGCUUGGCCACUUCCUCAUGAGUAGUUUUACUGGUGGCAGUGAGCUGUAUUUAGCUUGGUAGCAUUGUCUAUUAUUUAAAUUUAGACAACAGUUUGUGACAUUGUCUGAAAAGUCCUUCAACUUUUAUAAAUUGCAGUCAUGGCAAAAAACGAAUUACUCAUAUUAUUACAACACCAAUCCAGCAGUCAUCAAUGAGGCUUUCUUGGUGCACUGAGGAUGCUUCAGUGUCUGUAGCUUAUUGACCAGACUUUCCACCUCUCACCUAAAAGUACAACACAUGCAUGCCUUUCAUCACAGAUAAACAGACUGUGUAGAUAUAGUCACAUCCUGGCUGCCUUAGAGGAAAUGUAGCUGCUCUGCACAACUGUUGCAGUACAGUAGGUUGUUGAUAUGAUGGUUGGUCAAAUAAGCUACAGCACAGUUGUUUUUUUUCAACAACAAAAAAACUGACCAGCAGUCAUUCAGAUUCAGCACUAUGCUUCAGAGGAAACCGUCAAAUGUCUCAGACAAAGACACCAAGAGCAAGACAAAACCAAAGGUGAGAUCUUGUUUUCGCUUUUCGAUUUGCUGCUGUAAUAACAAAAAACAACAUUUUAUAUGGCUGGGCAUUUUGUUUUACAUUUUUUAAACUUAAAGUACUUGCUGUAAUUUAAAAUAAAAGGAAAAGUUCUAAAGCAUAUUUGCCAAACAUUAGGCUGUAUUACAGCAGUAACUCAGGAUAUUGAAGAUUAAGAUUCACUCAAAAGUUUGAGUUCAUUAUAAAAGCAAUACUAGCAUUUAUUGCUCUUGCUAUUUGACCAUUAUUUCUGUUAGAAAUCAUUAGCUUUCCCCAGUAGGUGACAGUGACUGCAGCCGGCCACGGUUCACGGUUCACUAACGGUCAGAUGGUCAGUGCUGGGCCACGAGCCAGGGUUUAAUGUAACAGAUGUUGGAUGAGAGCCUCAGAAUGACCACUAAAAUGAAUCUAAUGGGCCGCUAGUGAACAACGGACCAUUGCUUUUCACACAGUCACAUUUUUUAUGACGUUUAUGCAGAUUAUUAUCUUUCAAUUAGCAUAGUGCAGAUGAGCAGAUGACAGGUUUUAGGGCGAACAGCAGGAUGUACUAGAAUAAUAAAAUCCAUAACAAUAACAAUAUUAUAUAACAGGAAUACAACACAAAAAAUAGUAGCACAAGAAUUACAUGAAAUACUAAAAUAUUAAAUGUAUUACAUUGGAUUUAGUAUAAGAGAUUUACAUUACAUCACUUAAUGGCAAACGGCCGACCAUAACUGAUACAAACCUCAUUAGCUGUAGUGAAGCUGAACACCCCUCAGUACUCAUCCAUUACUAUACAGUAGUACUCAUAAUACUCAUGAUGUCAAUAGUAGUAGUAGUAGUACAAAACAACAAUACUAUAAAGUCAAGGUUUGGUUUGGCAGCUUUAGAAAAUACAUCUGUAGAGAUCAAACAGAACCUGCAGUUACAUCAUCAAAUCCAAUCUUAGUCAAAUGCAACAUAAGACACAAUAGAAAGUACAAAAAAGAUUAAGAGAAAUCUCAUAAAAUGCCAUAAUGGCGCCUGGUGGUAAUAUAGACAGUACUAUGUAAAUACAUGACCAGAGGAACAGGCAGGUUAGAUGUAUGGUUUACAGGGCAUAGGCCUUCUACAGACAUGACUUGUUUGUAUUGUGCUGCUUUGAGUUCAACAUAAACACGACAGCCAGACAACAUGUGUCCUGCUGUUACCAUCCCAAACACGUUUUAAUCUGUUAAAUUAAUCUCUCAUCUCACCCAGCGCUCCACCAGCUUUGGCCGAUUUGACUCCUUCAGACACCAACCAGCCCCAGUGAAGCCAGAGGAAAAUGGAAGUGCUUUGGUACGUGAAGCAUCUGUCUGAUUUUGUCGGCCACUUCAACAAGUCAUUCCUUAAGUGACACUGUACAUUUUCUUAAUUGUUUCUAGGGAUGUGAGGGUUAUGGAAUUUUGGAUGACGGUUAUUGGUCAACCAAAUGACCGCAGACACCGUUAUAGCUGUUGGAAUAGCAAAAAAAAAAAAAAAACAUUUUCUCCUCUCCUCCGCUCAUGACCGCAUGUGCUGGCAUAGAAAUAGAAUGACUAGAACAGGCAUCCCCAUUCAAGUCAAUGAUGGCAUAAUGGGUAGACUGCCGGCCAUAGACUGUACCCAUAGCAGAGAUAGUUUUGAGAAGAUGGGAAACUCCAUUCGAAUUGUAUUAACACCCAUUGUGUACGUUUCUCAUGCGUCAUCAAUGGCCACGCGGUGCAUUCUGGGCGAUUCUGGGACAAGGAGAUCACUCCUACAAGUAUUGAAUGGGAGUCAAUUGGGCACUAGCUCAAAAACCCAGCAUUAGCAUGUAUUACUUGAACAAGAAGUACAACAUUACAAAUAUUUUCCGAUAUGUGAGAUAAUUAACUUGUUCUCUGUAAUAUCGUAUAGCUUUGACAUCGUGACAUUACGUAUUUUCGAAGAAAAUAGGCAGGUUUCUCAGCUCAUACCCACAACGUGAACGCGAUUGGUCGACAGUCUGCUGGGUGGGGCGUUAUACGUUUCUCCGUUCAUUGGCCACUGGGAUUCCUAUCUCCUCCUUUCUAAGUAUCUCUGCCCAGAGGAGCAAAGCAGGAAGUAAAAGCAGGAAGUCAAAGCAGGAAGUCAAAGCAGGAAGUGUACCCAUCAAUAUGUGCUGUUAUUUGUUGAUUAAGCUCAACUGACAUUACUUAAGUGAUAAUGCCCGAGAAACCGGUGUUUGGAGGAUAUAAUGGCAGGGGUGUUGGCAAACCGUGCCAAUAUAUCCACCAAACACCGGCUUCGAGGGCAUUAUCACUUUUAUACAACGGGUUACCAACAUCAAAUCAAAUCAAAUCAAAUUGUAUUGGUCACAUACACAUAUUUAGCAGAUGUUAUUGCGGGUGUAGCGAAAUGCUUGUGUUCCUAGCUCCAACAGUGCAGUAGUAUCUAACAAUUCACAACAAUACACAAAUCUAAAAGUAAAAAAAUGCAAUUAAGAAAUAUAUAAAUCUAAAUUAGGAUGAGCAAUGUCGGAGUGGCAUUGACUAAAUACAGUAGAAUAGAAUACAGUAUAUACAUACAGUGAGAGAAAAAAAUAUUUGAUCCCCUGCUGAUUUUGUACGUUUGCCCACUGACAAAGAAAUGAUCAGUCUAGAAUUUUAAUGGUAGGUUUAUUUGAACAGUGAGAGACAGAAUAACAACAAAAAAAUCCAGAAAAACGCAUGUUAAAAAUGUUAUAAAUUGAUUUGCAUUUUAAUGAGGGAAAUAAGUAUUUGACCCCUCUGCAAAACAUGACUUAUUACUUGGUGGCAAAACCCUUGUUGGCAAUCACAGAGGUCAGACGUUUCUUGUAGUUGGCCACCAGGUUUGCACACAUCUUGCAGAUCUUCUCCAAGUCAUUAAGGUUUCGAGGCUGACGUGUGGCAACUCGAACCUUCAGCUCCCUCCACAGAUUUUCUAUGGGAUUAAGGUCUGGAGACUGGCUAGGCCACUCCAGGACCUUAAUGUGCUACUUCUUGAGCCACUCCUUUGUUGCCUUGGCCAUGUGUUUUGGGUCAUUGUCAUGCUGGAAUACCCAUCCACGACCCAUUUUCAUUGCCCUGGCUGAGGGAAGGAGGUUCUCACCCAAGAUUUGACGGUACAUGGCCCCGUCCAUCGUCCCUUUGAUGCGGUAAAGUUGUCCUGACCCUUAGCAGAAAAACACCCCUGUUGUCACCUUCUCACCAAGCUGCUUGGCAAUGGUCUUGUAGCCUAUUCCAGCCUUGUGUAGGUCUACAAUCUUGUCCCUGACAUCCUUGGAGAGCUCUUUGGCCUUGGCCAUGGUGGAGAGUUUGGAAUUUGAUUGAUUGAUUGCUUCUGUGGACAGGUGUCCUUUAUACAGGUAACAAGCAGAGAUUAGGAGCACUCCCUUUAAGAGUGUGCUCCUAAUCUCAGCUCGUUACCUGCAUAAAAGACACCUGGGAGCCAGAAAUCUUUCUGAUUGAGAGGGGGUCAAAUACUUAUUUCCCUCAUUAAAACGCAAAUCAAUUUAUAACAGUUUUGACAUGUGUUUUUCUGGAUUUUUUUGUUGUUAUUCUGUCUCUCACUGUUCAAAUAAACCUACCAUUAAAAUUAUAGACUGAUCAUUUCUUUGUCAGUGGGCAAACGUACAAAAUCAGCAGGGGAUCAAAUACUUUUUUCCCUCACUGUAUGAGAUGAGUAAAGCAGUAUGUAAACAUUAUUAAAGUGACUAGUGUUCCAUUAUUAAAGUGGCCAGUGAUUCCAUGUCUAUGUAUAUAGGCCAGCAGCCUCUAAGGUGCAGGGUUGAGUAGUCGAGUGGUACACGGCUAGUGAUGGCUAUUUAACAGUUUGAUGGCCUUGAGAUAGAAGCUGUUUUCAGUCUCUCGGACCCAGCUUUGAUGCACCUGUACUGACCUCGCUCUGGUGGUUGAUGUCCUUGAUGAUCUUUUUGGCCUUCCUGUGACAUCGGGUGCUGUAGGUGUCCUGGCGGGCAGGCAGUGUGCCCCCGGUGAUGUGUUGGGCAAACCAUACCACCCUCUGGAGAGCCCUGCGGUUGCGGGCGGUGCAGUUGCUGUACCAGGCGGUGAUACAGCCCGACAGAAUGCUCUCAAUUGUGCAUCUGUAAAAGUUUCUGAGGGUCUAAGGGGCCAAGCCAAAUUUCUUCAGCCUCCUGAGGUUGAAGAGGCGCUGUCGCACCUUCUUCACCACACUCUGUGUGGGUGGACCAUUUCAGAUUGUCAGAGAUGUGUACGCUGAGGAACUUGAAGCUUUCCACCUUCUCCACUGCGGUCCCAUCGAUGUGGACAGGGGCGUGCUCCCUCUGCUGUUUCCUGAAGUCCACGAUCAGCUCCUUUGUUUUGUUGACGUUGAGAGAGAGAUGAUUUUCCUGGCCCCACUCUGCCAGGGCCCUCACCUCCUCCCUGUAGGCUGUCUUGUCAUUGCUGAUAAUCAGGCCUACUACUGUUGUGUCGUCUGCAAACUUGAUGAUUGAGUUGGAGGCGUGCAUGACCACACAGUCAUGGGUGAACAGGGAGUACAGGAGGGGGCUGAGCACGCACCCUUGUGGGGCCCCUGUGUUGAGGAUCAGCGAAGUGGAGGUGUUGUUUCCUACUUUCACCACCUGGGGGUGGUCCGUCAAGAAGUUCAGGACCCAGUUGCACAGGGCGGGGUUCAGACCCAGGGCCCGAGCUUAAUGAUGAGCUUGGAGGGUACUAUGGUGUUGAAGGCUGAGCUAUAGUCAAUGAACAGCAUUCUGACAUAGGUAUUCCUCUUGUCCAGAUGGGAAAGGGCAGUGUGCAGUGCAAUGGCAAUUGCAUCGUCUGUGGAUCUAUUGGGGCGGUAAGCAAAUUGAAGUGGGUCUAGGGUGUCAGGUAAGGUAGAGGUGAUAUGAUCCUUAACUAGCCUCUCAAAGCACUUCAUGAUGACAGAAGUGAGUGCUACGGGGUGAUGGUCAUUUAGUUCAGUUACCUUUGGUUUCUUGAGUACAGGAACAAAUGUGGACAUCUUGAAGCAAGUGGGGACAGCAGACUGGGAUAGGGAGAAAUUGAAUAUGUCCGUAAACACUCAAACCAGCUGGUCUGCGCAUGCUCUGAGGACGCGGCUAGGGAUGCCGUCUGGGCCGGCAGCCUUGCGAGGGUUAACACGCUUAAAUGUCUUACUCACGUCGGCCAUGGAAACGAGAGCCCACAGUCCUUGGGAGCGGGCCGCGUCGGUGGCACUGUGUUAUCCUAAAAGCGGGCGAAGAAGGUGUUUAGCUUGUCUGGGAGCAAGACGUCUGUGUCCGUGACGUGGCUGGUUUUCCCUUUGUAAUCCGUGAUUGUCUGUAGACCCUGCAACAUAUGUCUCGUGUUUCUGAGCUGUUGAAUUGCGACUCUACUUUGUCUCUGUACUGACGUUUUGCCUGUUUGAUUGCCUUACAUAUUCAAAUAAUGAUUGACAUAUUUUCAUAAAAAACAUUAUUUUGAUUAAUUUAUUCAUACUAUUCCAUCCUCCCACGAGAUAUAGUCCCGACAUAAAUCUAAGGUUGCUACCCAAGUCGGUUGACAGAGUCGUUAAGUCUUUUUGCUCUGUAUCUAUGGACGCGAACCCAGUCGUUCAUUCUAAAUGUUCCAUUGCCAUACUGGCUGGCAACGUUCUUAUCCCUUGCAUGCUAGCUAGCCAACUACGGCUAACUUACAGUCAUGUCAAACAGUGCAGCCAGAAUAACAGCAAAGUAGCUGCAUUUGCGUUUGUUUAAGCUGUUUUCUAGUGAUAUUUAUUUGGAUACAGCCAUAACAAUGAGCUAAUAAUGCGCGAUUUCGCCUGGCAUAGAAAAUAUGCUCUCUCGUCAGGACACUGUUGUUCAGAGGAGCUAGCCAACAACACAGAUAACACAAUCACUUCAAACUGAAGCUGGAAAGACUGCAAACUAGCUGCAUUUCAUUUAGUUUCACCUGUUUUCUAUUGAAAUUUCUUUGUAUAUAUCCAUAAAAAUGAUGCCAGCUGAUUCAUGAGUUCGACUGGCUGAGAAAAGCUGUCUGCUUGUCUGUCUCGUCCUUACUCCCUACACGUUCAUUACUAUGGGACUGCUGGAGAUCGAAUUUCAAUAUUGAAACAAUGUUGCAAAUGUCAGAGAGACAGACAGCAAGGUUUAUACAAAUCUCCACUGUUGAAAACCAAAUGCUAGUCUAAAAAAAAUGGUAGAUAAUGUCUAAAUGCUUUUUAUAGUGGAGCUCAAGUUAAUAAAUUGCCGGGCUGAUGAGACAGUGGAUUGCGCAGUGAGAUGGAACAGAGUAAAUAGGCAUUUCAACGUCAUAGCUUUAGCCGGUGGUAACUUGUGGUUUUAACCAAUCAGCAUCCGGGAUUAGACUCACCCGUUGUAUAAUAUAAAUACAUUCCAUUGCAUGAGCCACAUCAGUUAAAAUAAUUUGAAUGAACAUUCUACAUUACCAUGGAAAUUAUAGCAUCACAAUACCUGGCAGCCAUUGCGAAUGUAACCAUGAGUUUACCAGCCAAAUGACCAGGGUUAGAGGUUCCAAUCCCGUUCUAUUCAUUCUAGUUCUAUGUGUGCUGCUGCUGCAGGGAGGGGGGCAUUGCCUAGGCAACCGAAGACUUGUUUGCUACAACACCUUGCUUUUUUCAGCAAGGAGCAACAAAAUGUCAUCACAUUGUAAAGAGUCCAAGUUACCGCAGAAACAGACUCAACUGCAUGAAUGCCCGGCCGUCCUGUCUUCAUUCAGCUGUUCGUUCCACAAAAAAACAAUGGUUUCAAACGGUUAUGACGUUUUAUUUUGUUUUGUUUUGUAUGGUCUUCAUCCAUAAUCAGUGGUUACACAAUACGGUAAUUAUGCCAGCCCUAAUUGUUCCAACAUUAGUAGCAGGGCUGACUCAUCUUUUUAAGUUAUCUUGCUGUAUCAUAGUUUAAGCAUUUCAACUAUGUAACAACAAGUGUGUGUUGAUAUGUGUGCAGUCUGCAGAGGGACAGCAGGUUGAUAGUGGUGACCAGACCAGAUCAGGAAGUAUAGGCAAGAAGAUGAAAGCCAUCUCACUGACGAUGAGGAAGAGGAUGGGCAGGCAGUAUGCCAAAGCCCUGUCAGAGGACAUGGUGAGUGAGACAAAGCACGUUGUGUCAAACAGAUCAGGCCUCAACUGUGUUUUCUUUUCUUUAUUUUUUAUUUUUCUUUAUUUUAAGGUAAAAUCUAUUAAAACAAAAUCAAUAUUGCACUUCAAUUUUUACAUUACAAUUACUAUUGUACAGUUUUUCUUUACAUUGCAAACACAUCUGACAACCCCCCCAAACUCAAUUUUUUUACAUUCAGUGUACCACAGACCUCUGAUAAAAGCAAAACGAGUGAAAUUAAAGUUUAACUAAAAGAAAGCUGAUGUCUAAAUGCAGAGGUAUAGGCUAGUAUGUAGGAAAUGUACAGUAAGACCACACAAAUUAUAGGAACAGACCACCUGCGUAAUAAUGAUCAAGUCCACUCUUCUAUGUAGCAAAAGAAAAGAGCAACACAUGAAUGAACAAUAGAAACCCAACAGAACAGGAACCUUGGAAGUGAAUAGUAAAGAAUGAUCAUACAGUGAUCAUAGAGUGGUAAUAGAAUACAGUGAUAAUACAAAACAGUGAUAAUACAGUGUAUGGCUCCUCAGGAGCUAAAGAAAGGAGGAUUAUAAAUUAUGACGAACAAGUUAGGCUACACCCAGGCUUUUAGUUCAGAGACCUACUGUACAUGUCCAAACACAGUCAGAAUAGGACAAAGACUCAUUACCACGUCACCUGGUAACCAAGUUAUUUGUGGAGCUAAAAAGACACACCUCUUCUCUCACAAAGAAAGACGAGGGAGGUACAGUCAGAGCCUACGGUGGAGGAGCAGGUAUAGGGGGAUUACACACAGCUCCUGCCUAUGUCAAGUCUCAUUUAUAAAUGGCAACGCAGCUCUGUGUGGAUUAAGGACUCAGAGGGAGGAGAGGAGCUCCUCUGUGCCCUUGCAUAAACUGCCUGGGAUACUGAGACGUUUUGGCACAUCUUAGAACCCUGCCCCGACCCGGCCCUCUGAUUGGUUUAGCUUUCUCCUUUCCUUCCUCCUCAACCGCCAUGCUGUGAGAUGAGAUGGGGAGUGACGGCAUAAGGAGAAAAGGAGGGCAAAGAAAAUAAAAAACAUGACCUGUUCGGUUGUUUUUUUACUGGUAGGGCGACGAGACGGAGAGAGAUGAAGAAGGAGAAGGGGAUGUUGUUUACGGCGUCCAUUCAUUUCCAAAAGGACACAGAAAGUCCAGUCACUCUCUGGAAAGCCUCUACAGUCUCAACAGUGGACAAAGCUCCUCCAGUAAGCACACAGCCAACACCUUACUGGAUUAAACAAGUUCACUCUCACUCUUUACUAAUGCAAUUUUAGUUUACUCUGCGUCAUAGUAAAGCAUGCUAUACACAUUGCAGUUGAUAAAAAUCAAGUGUGUAGUUCCAUCUGCUAAGGCAUUUCUUUGGACCUUGAUUUACCCAACAAAGGAUGCCUGACAAAUAAUCACAGUCAAGUCUAAACUGACAAUAUUUCACUCACUGCCAUAACCAUCAUAAUGUAACUUAAUAUUCUAAUUGGUAAGUAGGAUACUGUUAGCAUCAAUCAUAGGAGGCUGCUGAGGGGAGGAUGGCUCAUAAUAAUGGCCGGAACGACGUGAAUGGAAUGGCAUCAAACACCUGGAAACUAUGUGUUUGAUGUAUUUGAUCCCAUUCCAUUGAUUCUGCUCCAGCCAUUACCACCGUCCUCCCCAAUUAAGGUGCCACCAACCUCCUGUGGCAUCAACCCUCAUGAAUAGACAUUGCAUUAAGGAGUAAAAAACUCCCUCACUAUGUAGCAUGAUGUACAACAGUACCCACAAUGCUCACCGUAACAUUCAGCCUUUUGUUUGUAAAGGUUGUUGUGAAGCUAACAUGAUGUCUGUCUCCUACCAAUUCAACUGGGUUGUGUGCUGCGCCCUAGGUGGGGUGACCAGUGGGUCAGACGGCUCCAGUAACAGAGACAGUCUGAGGCUGGAUGAGGAGCUGCCCCUUUCCUACACAGGGCAGUUCUGUGGCAGAGCCCGGGUCCACACUGACUUUGUCCCCAGUCCCUACGACACUGAAUCACUCAAACUCAAGGUAACCUACCUGACUGACCCAUCUGACUGAAUUGUCAAACCUGUCCUUCGGCACAUCCUCCUGGAUUUUUAAGCAGUUGAGAUAGAGCCAAUGUCUUGCAAAGUAGCUUGUGUAGACCUAAUACAUGCAUCGCUCAAGUAAAAUGCCAAUUUCUUCUUUCAGGUAGGGGAUGUGAUUGAAAUCAUCAGCAAGCCUCCUAUGGGGAUAUGGACAGGCAUGCUGAACAACAAGGUGGGAAACUUUAAGUUCAUCUACGUGGACCUCAUAGUAGAGAAGGUUCCUGAACCGCCUCAGAAGAUGACACACAGGAGGAGCAGGAGACCCCGGCCCAAAACGCUACAGGAACUCCUAGAGCGCCUCAGUCUGGAGGUAGACCGACUCGCUCUCUCUCCUCUCUCUCCUUCUCUCUCUCACUCACUCACUCUCUUAUCUGUCUCUCUCCUCAAAUCUGUUGUCACAAACUAUCGCUUGCAAACAAACUUGUUCCCUGCAUUCUGAAAAAAAAAAAAUACUUUCAAUUGAAUCUUUACAGAACAAUAACUUUCUGAUGUCAACACAGUGAUGACAGACAGGCUUGAGUUGUGUUUUUCAUUGUAACAUGAUGACUUGCUUACCGAUUGGUAUUGUUUCUAUAUGUUGUAGGAGUAUGCCUCCUCCCUGCUCUUGAAUGGGUACCAGACAGUAGAUGACCUGAAGGAGCUGAAGGAGCAGCAUCUGGUGGAACUCAAUGUGACUGAUUCUGAACACAGACAUCGUCUGAUGACUGCCGUCGAGUGCCUCCAAGAUCCCCAAAGUGAGUCAGGGCAGUCUUUUCCCUACUUUGAUUUCCAGGUGGGAUGCAAAGGCACUCAAGACAACACCUGGGCCUUCUGGCAUCAGAAUUGCAAAUUGAAACCAAUAACAACCCAAACUCUUUUAGGUGAGGCGCUCCAAAGCUGCUAGUUCUGACAAAAACGGUAGCAGUGGAGGAGAUCAUAAUUCCCUCUAAGCAUAUGUACUGUAUUCAGAUUGCCAAAGGUCUGGUUUUAGAUGUCAAGCGGAUAAGGAAGGGUAUACCGUCAGCGGAGGAAGUGCUGUAUCAGGGCCGUGGUAUCAGGGACACAGGUAAAGAGGCUAAUGAUAACUGGAUAACCACCCCUUACAGCACAGAGAACACAACAGGACAGUUACCACACACGGUUCAAAAUAGUUACAAUAAACAAUUCAGGACACUUAGAGCAAACAGCUCACGACAGUUACCAAUCACAGUUUAAAACCAUUACAACAAUACUGCUAAAUUGGCAAACUGUCUAUUAUAACAAAGUAAUAUCACAGCAAGAAGUGAACUUGCAAGAAGUGAACUUCAGAAUGUAACAUUAAUUGUGUGUAUCUCACAGUGUGUGUAAAUAACAGGAUAUCAGCCAUCUUGUCCUGGCCAUAGCUAGCUAAAGAAGAUGUCUUACACUGCUAAUACCUUAAUAGUCAGUUGCUAGAAGGACAUGAAAGGAAAGGCAGAGUCGGAGUCAGGAAACAUAACAUUGAGUGAUGCAAGACAAGAAAAGCCACUAACAGGAAAUGUCAUUUUCAGAAGCCACUGUGGUUUGGGUGUUGCACUAGCCUAUAUAUCUUGUUUUUCAAUCUUAUGCAAACAUUUUGGAUCUUUUGAACUUCACUUUUCGCUGCAGUAAGCAAAAGUAACAGGGUAUCAGACUCAGAGCUUUAACAGCCUACAUAAAGAUUGAAACAUACCAGCUGCAAUAGGCAUAUUUUGGUGCUGGAGAGAAAAAGGAAACUAUAAAAAAGGUAUUUCUGCAACUGAUAUUGUGGGAGCAUAUCAGAUUUGUGGACAUUACUUUUAAAUAGACCACUAUAAGCUCUCUAAGCCCCCAUGUCUGUUCCAUUCCAGGUGAUGGUCAGGAGGGCGAGGUAAACCAGGAAGCCAAGUACCCAACUGAGAGCAUUAAAGCCGAUCUGAACUGCCCCAGAGACUCUGGCUGCUACAUGCCUUCUGACUGCUCAGACAACAGCAAGGAGGAGACAGACAUCAACGUGCCAGCACUGAACCAUCAUCCUCCCAUGGCUCAGACCUAACCGCCACCAGCAGAUAGACACUCCUAAGGGCCUUUCAGAAAAAUGUGGAUCAUGCAACAUCUGUCUCAUGCGAAAUACCCUUUACGUAGGACAAGAGCAUUCCUCUUUGUUUUCAUACUGCAUUCAGUAUCAGUAUUCUAUGUGGCUGGCAUUGCAGUUAUCAUGCAUUUACCACUGUUACCACGUCAUUUCAACCCAUAAAAUCUAUGUGAUGACGUUGAAUCAACUUUUAACCUAAAUCCAAUGACAUUGUUGAUUUCACGUUAGUUGACAACUCAACCAAAUGUAAAUCAAAACUAGACGUUGAACUGAUGUCUGUGCCCAGUGGGUAUCUACUGUACACCAAAGGCAGACCAGUCAUUUCCUGAGUUGGCUUGGCUGCUGGUUUGUAAUUGUUGAUAAUGAUGUAUCCCAAGCCUUUA